AAGGGAAAAUGAAGGAAAUUUAAGGUUGCUGGAGUUUCAGGGGGCGGGGAAUGUUCGCUCUCGCGAUAGCGGCGUCUUUGACCUCACCAACAUGGCGGCGGCCCCGGCGGUGAUUGUGUGAAGCUGCAGCUCAGGGAGAAGGUGGAGGAGAUGGCCUUGGCUCUGGCUCCGGCUCCCGCUUCCUCCGCGGAGUGACUGAUCGACCCGUUCCCCCCACCCCUCCCACCACUCACCUGCACAGGCAGGUCACUCAGCGCCUCCCAGGGCUCCGGAGACUGUGUACCUCAACCCGCACCUGCCGUUUCAAGGAAUCCCCUCUCUCCUUGGGCUUCAGGGCAUUUGUCUUGCUGUUGGAACAAAUCUCUGGCUGAUUCGCCCCCGUUGUGACAUUGUGGGUCCUGCUAGAAGGCCUCUGCGUACAAAGGCAGCGUUUGUGACAUUCGGAUCUCAUUCCCACAGCACCAUUGGCUGUUGUGAUGAAUACAGCGCUCCGUCACAAGGCCUCCACAGUGUGCCAGCGCCCAGCUGCCAGGCACCGUACGAGAAACUUUAAAAAGCGCUACCCGUGUAGCACCGAAGGUAUCUGACUGUUGUGAAAGCCAUGGCGACGGACUGGAUGGCGGAGCCUGGCGUGGAAUCAGCCCAAGAGGGCGACAGUGCAGUGGAUCCCCUGACCGAUCAGCCUGGGCUGGCGGAACAGGCCAGUGACUCUGAGAGGCGAGGUGGAGGAGACAGUGAGCCCCUGGCCAAGGUUGCCCGGGUCGGAAUCGGUGAUUUACCACUGCCUCUAGCUGCGAACUCAGCUGAAAGUUUGGAAGGGAGUGAUGUCCUGCCAACCUCUGACCCUCCAAAGGCCUCUGACCCUUCUAUGGUCUCUAACCUGGACAGCCCUUCAGGCGACUCAGGCUCUGAGUUGCUCAAACUGGCAGAGAAGAUGAGUGGAGGGCAUGAAUCUGAAUGUCUUCCUGAUCCACUGGAGCCAGAUGCAAAUGGCAAGAGUGAAACGGAGACCGAGCAAGCAAGUGAGAGCUGGGCAGAGCAGUGCAGCGAAGGCGUUUAUUAUCAGAUCGGAUAUGAUUUCACCCAAGCACCUCACCUUCUCUCAGGUGCGUGGAAGGAGUACUCAAGAACAGUGGAAAACUUCCUGAAGGGCUGUAAAUGGGCACCGGAUGGUUCUUGCAUUCUGACCAACAGUGCUGACAAUACACUGCGGAUCUUUAACCUCCCUUCUGAGCUGUAUAGCGGGGAGUUGGCUGACCUCUCAGAAAUGAGUGCUGUCUUGCGUAUGUCUGAGGGAGAUACCAUAUACGAUUAUUGCUGGUACCCAAUCAUGUCAUCGAUGGCUCCUGAGACCUGUUUUCUGGCCAGCAGCAGCCGCGACAACCCGAUUCACAUCUGGGACGCUUUCUACGGGGACCUACGGGCCACGUUCCGGCCGUACAAUCACCUGGAUGAGCUGACGUCUGCUCACUCGCUCUGUUUCACACCCGAUGGGAAUCAGCUGUUCUGUGGCUUUGACAAGAUGGUGAGGGUGUUCGACGUAUCUCGUCCAGGCCGAGAGUGUGAGAAGAGACCAACCCUGGUGAAGAAACGGGGGCAGACUGGGAUCAUCUCGUGCAUUGCCUUCAGCCCAGAGCAUGACCUGUACGCCUGUGCCUCCUACUCUAAGACAGUGGGACUGUACUCCAGGGACAGGGGGACUGUGCUCACCAUUUUACAGGGCCAUCAGGGAGGAGUGACACACGUGACAUUUUCACCCGAUGGAAACCUGCUUUACACUGGGGGGCGGAAGGAUCCCGAAAUCCUGUGCUGGGAUCUACGCCAGCCUGGCAAAGUGCUGUUCUCCAUGCUCCGCUCAGCGAUCACCAAUCAGAGGAUGUAUUUUGAUCUGGAUGUUUAUGGGCGCUAUGUAGUCAGUGGGAACACUGAGGGAACAGUUUCUGUGUGGGACACCACACUAACGCCGACUGAGGGGAAGGACUGCAUCCUCGAUCCCAUUCUUCAGUUUCACACUCAGCAGGACUGUGUUAACGGGAUCAGCCUACACCCACGUAUGAACCUGCUGGCCACCACCUCGGGGCAGCGCAAGUUCCCGGAGCCUGCCGAGAGCGAGGACGAGGGCAAUGGGAUCCUGAUGACCCACCGCAACAUCAAGGCUGAGAACUCCAUGAAGUUGUGGCUUUGUUCCCAGCAGCCUGGCCCAGCGACGCAGGCCAGCACACUGGGAGGUAGUUCAAAGUGACGACUCCGUGUAAGAGCUGGACUAACUGACACUCUCAAUACUGCCUUACGUGCAUUGAGGUUAGGAUGGAGCAUCUGUGCAUUGCGACAAAAUAAAAUCGCUCCCAGGUGACCGAGGUAACGUUGCUUUGCUUGUGUUAGGUUGUUUUUUUGCAAAUGUCUGGGAGGUUGACUUAUCCUCGGCUCUCUCUAGGCUUCUGGAUUGAGUUACGAGUUGUCCUUUACUCAUUUCAAGAGAUGAGGUAAAGGCUACCCUCUGUUUUCUUUCAGAGUCUCUUGGGCUCUGGGAGUGACCGAAACGUCAAUGCCUUUGGCAGAGGGGAGAGAAUGAUAAUGAUUUGAUGUUGUGCUGUAGAUUGUCAUUAAGCAGACAGUGUGAAUCAGGCUGCAGCAGCUUGGGGGGUAUUUGAUGGGGAGAAUGUAGAAGGACCUUUACUUUUAAUUAAAAAGUAGAGGAAACUGUACUCUGUAUCACACCAUGCCGUCCCUGCCCUGGGGCUGUUUUCUGGGCUCAGUAGAGGCAGCUUUACUCUGUAUCUAACUUCAUGUUCUACCUGUUAUGGGAGUGUUUGAAGAAGACAGUGUGGGGGCAGGUUUACCUAACCUCGUGCAGUCCCUGCCCUGGGAGUGUUUGAUGGGGGACAGUGUAGAGCUUGGCUGAUCAAUUUCCCAGUCUCCGUAUACAGUCCUACUGCCAAGCACACAUUUUCUGGAAGCUUUGAGAGUUAAAUGGUCAGUGAUUAUUGGACGAUGGAUUUAUUGCCCAUCUUCACUGGGGAAUCAGUGGACAAAGUUGCACAAGGGAUGAAACAGCUUUGAGGAGGCGGGAGGGAUGCAGUUUUCAUCAGCUUCUUUGAAUAGUUAACAAAGGAUGCCCAGCUUCUCAAGGAACUACCCUCCCCAGCCACACCGAGCAGAAUCAAUUCCCACUCUCAUCCCCUCCAAAUAAAUGCUGAUAUCUGGAAAGGCCAACCGUGCAGCUGAGAGGCUGGUGGCUUACUGAUACAAACAGCGACCUCCUGCAGUGGAACCUGAUUGUUACACGUUCCUCUUGAAUGCUGGCCAGCUCUCGAACAUUUCCUCUAUCUUUUACCUCGUUUCAGUUCAGCACUGGGCUCUGUUGACUUGCCAGUGAUUAGCUGCACCCUUGGGACCAGUUUGAGUGGUAUUCAAUAGGUAGAAGCUAUGGGGAUCGCCCUGUAGGAUUACUAGAUUGAAAUGGAUAAACUGGACCUGUGUUUAGGAUCUCCUGCACUCUGCAGAUAGCGGGGAGCAAAGGGAAGGAUAUUAGCCUGACAGGUUUUUACAUUCCACCCAUUUGUCUUUAUCUCACUGAUCACCCUAUCCCUCUAUUCCUUGCAGGUUUAUUCAGACUCCCUUUAAAUCCAUUGAUGCUGUUCACCUCAGCCACUCCCUGCAUUAGCGAGUUCCCCAAUUUCAUCAGAUAAGAAUAUUAGGAAAAGGAACAGGAGUUGGCUGCAGUACAAGUGGUGUCCCCUUUCCUAUGCUGACCCUAGGCCGAAUUCAUUGGCUGGACAUUCAGGUCACCCCUGCGCUCACCUCUGCCAACCUCCAGCAACUGAGAUUUCAUCUCUUGCAAACAACAAAACAUAUGAUAUGGAAUAUACACCAGGCUUUCUUAUUUAGGGUGAGAAUUUGGAGCAGAAGGAAGCUGUUGGGACCCUCAAUCCUGUUCUGUCACUCAAUAAGAUUGUAGCUGAUGUCCCUGUGACUUGCGCUCCAUUUUCCUGUCAAUUCUCUCCCCCUGACCCUAUGUCCCCUAAAUAAAACUUGACUCCCUUAUGAUUCAAGAGUCUGUCUAAUUCAGUGUCACAUGCAUUCAGUGACUCAAUCUCUCUGGCCUCUGGGGAAGAGAAUUCCAAAGACUUAACGAUCACGAAGAGAGGGGAAAUCCCUUAUUUUGAAACUGACCUAUCCUUUCACCAUCUCUUUACUGGGUGGCAUGUGCUUCAGUGGUUAGCUCUGGUGCUUCUCAGCACCAGGGUCCUGGAUUCAAUUCCAGCCUCGGGAGACUGUGUGUAAACUCUGCACAGAUUCUCCCCAUAUCUGCAUAUGUUUCCUCUGACAGUCUAAAGAUGUGCAGGUUGCGGUGGAUUGGCCAUGCUAAAUUGUUCCAUUGUGGACAGGGAUGUGCAUAUGAGGUGGGUUAGCCAUGGGAAAAGUGGGGUUACUGGAAUAGGGUGGGAUGCUCUUUGGAGAGUCAGUGAGUACCUGAUUGGCCCAAUGGCCUGCUUCCACACUGUAGGGAUUCUGAGAUCUAUCCCUCUCGCCCUUCCCAUUGUACGUCUCAAUAAGAUCACCCCUGGUCCUUCGAAACUCCUGCUGAACCUUUCCUCCUUUGUCCCAGGAAUCAGCCGAGUGAACCUUCCCUGAACUCCCUGUUUAUUCGAUCUUAUAGCCAUUGUCUUGUCUGGGGUCUUCAUUUACAAAUGAAAACAUCUCCUCUCUGUUUAUCAUUUUAUGGUUUUGAAGUUGAAACAGGGCACCUUGCCUUGGUGAGAGCACAAGGCUACUUGCUGUAGAGUGGUGUAUGUUAUUUCACAAGUGACCUAUUCAUUGGAGCACGGAACUGAAAAACACCGACCGGCGCCAGAAGUUUACAUGUGACUCGAUUAAAGUUACUCUGUUUAUGUUUGUGGUUUUUUUUCAAAACAGGUUCCGCGGUGCACGAUUCACCCUUGUUUUCCAUUGCCUACAAAUCCGCAAGAGGCCAAUAUUCCCUCUAAUCAGGGGCCACUGCCGCGGAUAGAUUAAGUUUCCUGUCUUAAUAACGCGGGAAUGUUUUGAUAAUUUUGAAGGAUGGAUCAUAUUCUGCAAUCCUGGCUCUUUUGCCUUUCUUUCAAAAGCAAAACACCACAGGAAUUGGCUACCAGGGCGAUGACGUUUCACCCUUGGCCUGUGCAGGGAGACCUCGUAGCUCUGCUUCCAGAAACAACAUUGACUGAAGUCGAGGCCAGGGAGCUGUGCUUGGGGCUGGCACUUAAUUGACUGCAGAUGGGGCUCCCUCUGCGACAGGGGUCCUAUAACUAGCAGCUGCAGGCAACAAAGCAGGGAUUCAGGUCCCCUUUCAAUAACCAUCAGUUUGGGCUGACUGGGGGCUAAACGGGGCCGACUCUAACCUGUGUCUUGAUUAUUAUCAAAGACUAUUUUUUGUUUGUCUUGCCAGCUGAUUGUUAGAGCAGCUCGCUUCAACUGAUGUUCGUAACAAGUCUUUAGAGUUGCUGGCCUCCCUCAGCAUUGCUGUUCUUCGCAAUCUUCCGAGAUGCAGCUGGAGCUUAGACCAGACCUGGUCCUCCUGGGAACAGCUAGGGCUCCCUGAGCUUGGGACCACGAAGCAACAGAAUUCUCUCGCUCCCUCUCUCGCUUUCUCUUUUUCACAGCCACAGGGAGCAGAGGGCAAGGAGGAGGCAGAGUGGGUGGGUUUAGGUUCCAGGGUAGGGAUUCAGGAGCCAAGGGUAAGUUGCAGAUUCCCCACUCCCAAGGGCCGAGUGAAAAGGUGCAACGUUAAUAACGGGCAGGGUAUUGAGGACAGCUAGUUUCCAAUGCAUGGUCCCAAAUAGUAUAAAUGUACAGUUGGACAGCCUGCAUGUGGAAUAGCCCCUAUCGUAACUGAGUUGGUUCACGUGCACUUCGAAGGGGCUCUCUCCAUCCCCAUAGAGAUCUAUUUGAUCUUCAUCUGUUGAAUAAGUUGUAUGGAGUUUUACCUAUUUCAGAAGUGUACUAUUUUUAAUAUAAAAAAAGAAGCUUCUUGUCACAGAAGUGAAUUCUCCGCCAUGCCUGCCUUACCACCUCGCAUCAGUGUUCUCAAAGUGGCAAAGCCCCUCCCACCCCUGCAUUCGAGGUGACCCGUUGUCGUCCACUGUGAUUAGGGUGAGGAUCAGUGUGGGGCACUGAUUUGACCUGGCAGCACGAAGACCUCACCUUGUGGCUGGGAAAUGGACCAACUUGCACCUUGUCUGGAUGCUCCGUGCCAGGGUGAGUGGGAUUGGGCUUUAGGCCGUCACCCACUAUCGCCCAGGAAGCAGCCAGUCGAGCAGAGCCAUUUUCUGUUUCCUUUUGGGCUGUUGUUUCACUGCUUGGUUGUGUGGGGAGGGAGGUGGGGAAUUGAUCUAUGAGAGUAGGGCAGAGCAAUGGAAAUAUUUCUCAUGUGGGGCAAUAAUGGCAAGUCUGGACAAACAAACAGAAGUCUUGAAAAAAUGAACAGUCUGUUCAGGGGUGACCUAGACUGACUAUCUCACAAUGAAAUGCACACUUUAACUGAGCAUGUUAACUGUUUAUGGCAAGUGCUAGGAACAUCUGUCAGGAGUCUUCCUGUUUCUUAGUAUUUUGGGCAUGUUGCCUGGGAGUGUUUUGCAGAGUUUGACUUUUGUACUGUUUUGUAUGUCAUCAAUAAAAAAAAAUUGCAGAUCAAA